CCGGUGUUUGGCGGGGUUUGGCGGGGUUCGUCAGGUACGUGGGGCGCUAGGGGGGGAGGUGGGGUGCUGGGGGGUUUGUUAGAGGGUUGGGGGACGGGGACCCAAGGCGGCAGGUGGUUAACAGGGGGGUUGCUUGAGGCGGUGCGUUCCAGGAGGGUGAAGGAGUAUCGACUCGCGAGGGCCGUUGACAUGGGGAGGGCACAGCGACGUCAGCAUGAGCCUGCCCCUGGCCAUGUGCAGGACACAUUCAGGGGCCUCUCCCUUGUGUAUCGUUACCUGGUUGUCGGCCAGAAGGUCGACAACAAGGGGGUCAUGAUGCUAUGUUGCCCUUUUUGCAGCAAAGUAUUCGAGGGGACCCAAUUCCAAACCACGAGGCACUUUAUGCAAACGAACUACUGCAAGGACGUCAGUGACGAGGCGUUGUACGAGAUUGCGCAACGGACUCAACAGAAGUUCGAGUGUGAUCAGAUGGAGAGGGUUACCAGGUAUGCAGCGGAGUGCAGACUCGAUGUGCCGGGCACAGGUGGCGCAAGGGGAGGAGAGGCGCGGCGGCGUCCGGUGGAGGGAGCCUCAGGAGGGGUCGGGGGAGAUGGUGGAGGUGGUGACACGAAGGAGGGCGCGAUCGACUUCGAUCGCGAGGCACGUGUCCCGGGCGAGGAGAAAGUCCCGGGACACGAGGACGUGCCUGAGGUUUAUCCAAGCACUGGGGAGAGGAUGGAGGAGUGUCUAAGGCGACCAGCGGAGGGACCUGUAGGGGAGGGUUCUUCCAAGAGGAAGGAAGGUGGAACACAUCCGGUUGCCACCCCAACUGGGAAGAGGCUUCGCCAGCAGAAGGUGACUGAGGUCUACGACCACCCCGCGCUCCGCGUUCCCCGUGAGAUCGACGAGACGCACGAGGAUCCCGACGAGGAGGAGACGAGGGCGCACACUGCACGACUGGCGGCGGACUGGGCGGAGAGGGAGAUGGUGUGGGGAGAGGAGUUUUGGGGUCCAUUCGAGGGCGUCGCUUCCACGGGCAGCACAAGCACGCGGGCGACGAGCCCCACUCCGACGAGGCGGGAGUCAUCCAUGCCGCCACCUUCUGCUCCGAGUCUUGCACCGCCAUCGCCCGUCUCGCCAAUUCAGCCGACCACGGCAGCAGACGACACGGAGGAGUUGGCGUCCUCUUUGUGUCAGCGCGGACUACUCCACAGAGGCGGGGCAGUCCGACAACUGAGGUUACGAUCACCUUCUCAGAGGGUCUUGCAAGAGGAGGGGGGAAAGUUGACAGUAGCAGUGGAGGAGGAGAUAGGCGCGCAUGCGGACGUGUCGCGUGGGGGCGGUGACGACCGCCUCAUGCAGCAGUUCCUCACGGAGCAGUUCGAUCCGGUUAUGGCGGGUAUAACCCCAGGUGUAACGAGGGGGUUGGGGAUCUCAGAUUUGCAGAUGGGGAGCCACUUAGACUUUGAUUUGUCGAUGGGCCUUCCACCUAGUUGCGACGGGGCGACAUCAACGGGUCGGGCUCCAUUGAGGGACGAAGCGGUAGAAGAGAGUCUCACACAGACCCCGGGAGAGAGGAGGACGACGGAGUCUCCAGAUGCAGCACGCGACAUUAUGGAGCGAGAGAGGGCUCGACUUAUGGCAUCGACUAACACGCGUGCUCAGGCGUUCGCACGGGCUUGCACUCGUGAUGAUGGGAGGUCAGCAGAACAGGCCUCUGCUUUGUCCGCACGCGACACUAGCAUGCCGAUGUCGGCGAAUGAUGUGGGGCGCGGGGUGCUGGGAGUGUCCCCUUACGCCGGUCCGGAUGGCAGGCGAUCAGCUAAGAGGCCUUGUGUUCGAUCUCUUUCGCCUGCGCUCGUCGUCACUCCCGUCGGUGCGAUUGUGCGGUCUCCGUUGCCACCCUUGUUGUCGUCUCCUGCAUGCACGUCGUACACUCUGGUGCAUCCUUCGACAGAUUUCAAUGUGUUGUGUUAUCCAUUGCUGUCGCCGCCGUUGCAGCCUCGCCGCUUGCCGUUUGUGUCUGAUGUCCCGGCGGUGCCUGCGUGGACGAGUGCGCCACAACCGUUUCUUCAUCCUCCGCUUAUUGUUGGACAUGAGGGGUUGGACUUCAUCCCACUCCAGGAGUGUUCUCAAUCAUCAGCGGCGGUGUUUGCAAGUAGCAGGUCAUCGUUGCGUGACGGAGGUGGUACAAUCAUCGACUCGCGGGUCUCACAGUCAUGUGCCGCCGCAGCUCAUGGGCAAGCGGGUGUAUUGCACGACAUGCAUCCUGCCUCUGCCGCUUACAUACAGAAGGGCGAGACUUCUGAAGAGAAGCCUGAGGUUCCUCUUGAGCCUUUGGAGGCUGAACUGCGGGCUGAGGAAGAAAAACUUUGUAAGCAAGCCCAGGCAGUUGAGGCUCUAAAGGCAGAGAAGAGGAGAAGAGAGGAGGUUGAUCAGAAGGAGGCCAGGAGGAGACUCCUGACCACAAAUGUUGGGAAGAUCAGGACAAGUGGCACAGCAUGUCAGUACAAUAAGGACAUGGCUGAAUUCGUCCUAUUGCAGGAUGAUAUCAACCGGUCCUAUUUUACUAACUGGGAUGUCAGGAUCUCCAGUCUGGAAGAGCAAAUGUCAGAUCAUUCCAAGAAAUUGGAUGACAUUGCUUCCAAACUGGACAGACUGUUUGCACACUACCAGAUUCCACCUGCCCUGACCACCCCUCCAUCUCCUGGUGCUGCAAAAGCAGCGGUUCAGCAGCCUCAGCCCUCUCCACAAUCCAGAUUUGCAUCCCCACUUGGGACACCCAAGUCAACAGCCCCUUCACAUCUGUCAUCACCAUUUGAGCCGCAGCGGCCCAAGCUGAAACAGCCGCCUAUGUUCUCUGGAGAGGACCCUAAGGUGGAUGUUGCAGAUUGGGUGACUGCGACUAGAACCUACCUGAGUGGGUUCAAAUGUGAUGAAGAUGUCAAGGUGUCAGCCAUCCUUGCUCUGAUGGAGAAGAGUGCACUGAAAUGGUGUACAUCUACCUCCAACAAACAAGGGAUGGAGAUGUCUAACUGGGCUCAGAGGUUGGGGGUGGYUGGGUUUCUGCAGGCGUUGCAGGAUAGGUUUGCUGACAAGGAGCAGGCCARGAAGGCUGCAGAUAAACUGUUGCGCCUGGGCCAGAAGAAAUUCGAUGGCUCCUUGUCCAAACUCUAUUCUACUUUUGAGAGUUUGACUUCUACCCCUGGUCUGGAGAUGAGUGAGCAGGAUCUGCUCAUUCAUUUCCUCAGGGCAGCGCCUGAAAACUACCAGCUGGCUUUGUUCUCUCAGGGCCACAAGGACUGGAGGUCCUUUGGCAGUGCAGCCUUAGACUUGGAGUCCAAACUCCAUGUCGAGGAAGCACCUUCUGAAGGAAGGAAGGGACCCUCCUCCAAGGGUAGAAGAAAGAGGAAGGGUGCCCUGUUUGCUACUGCAGCGUCUGGUUCUGAUAGUGACGCAGCCUCCCAGGGUGGUAGCCCUCCAUCUGGGACUGCAUCAUCAUCAGCUACAGAUCCUGUUCUUGCCCUGGGUGAUGCCUUGAUGAGCCUGACCAAAGGCAAAUCUCAGGUUCAGAAGGCCUCAACCAGCAGCAAGGGGAAGAGCAAGGGACAUCCCUCUUCCCCUAGUGGCCAGAGAGUACCAUUACCACGUGACGUCCGUUGGCCAGCUAACCCUCUUGAUCCUUCCACCUUCGCCUGACAUGAUGAGGAGGACUAUGAGGGCGAGGAGGAGGGAGAGGAGGAAUGCGAGAGCGGUUUUGA